AGGAACGGCAGCACCUCCUAGUCUCCUAGUCGAUCUAGGGUUUCAUUACCUGCAAAGGGCUGCCGCCGACCUGGGCGAAGGGCCUGACCGCGUGAGUUGAGAGGUAUGGCGUCGAGAGAUGCAGCCGGCUGGCCGCUCGGAAGAGCUUAUUUUAGGGCCAUCUUGUGGGAUCUCCAGGCCUGCAUCACCGACCCCGCUAGAAUUAUGUAUUACUGCACUCGAGAUAUUGUCGGACGACUUAUUUUUCAUAUAGAAACGGCAAGGGGAAAAGAAACCAUCCCUGCUGCCGUCAAGGGAACGGGAACGGCUCAGCAAGAAUCUUCUGCUCUUGAUGAAGACCAAGACUACAACCAGCAAGAUGACGACGAUGACGACGACAGUGGCAGCAGUGGCAUCGACUGGGAUGCCGAAGCCGCAAGCAUCGACAGUGGUCUCGGUGACAUCGACUAUUCUCUGGACCUGAGGGAUGAAGCUACAGACCGCCUACGGAAUCAAAGAAUUUCCUAUUCUGGAGACAACAUGAACAUACAGCUAUCUUACACCGCUUCUCGGUACCUUGUGGAACUGUUGGCUGUCUCUCCACGCUCCUACUUCGUGGGGGAUUUAUGUGCCUCUGACUCUAAUCACCGUUCGCUAUACUACUGCUCCCCCAAAAGAGAAGAAUUUAAACGCAACCUGGAUUCACAGGGUAAUCUGAUACUCCACGCAGAUGGUGUGGCCCUUGAGGAUGACUUCUACAUGGAAAUAAAUAUCCCAGAGGAUAAGGACUCUGGGGAGUUAGAGGACGUUGGAAUGUUCAUGUUCUCGGUGGACGCCCAUGACUGCAACCGUGUCAUGACACAAACCCUGUCAACUGCACGUGGACGUAGAAUGGUUUUGACGUUUAUUCCGAUGCACACCGCUAUACAGGUGAAUGUGCAAGUAACCCUUGAUCUCGUAUCUGCAAGCGGCACUACCUGCUAUGUUGAUGGCGAAAUCUCAGCGCACCACGAAUUCUACAAUAAAGAGAGAGUCGUGCUCUUUUCUACUAGGGAAGAGGACAAGGCAGAGGUUGUUGAUGGCAAACUUCCACUGUCACGAACCUGGGCAGCUGUUCCAAUUUCCUUGGAGCCGCUUUUGAUAAUCAAGUUGAACCUGCGUGUUCUAAUCAAUCGUAAUGAGGAUGGUGAGGGCUAUACCAUACCUUUCCGAGGUGAUCUAACCUUCUUCCGUGCUCAGCAUGAAAAGACAAUCUGUAGUGCCGACCAUGGUCAACUUAAAGUGCAGCUUAAUUACCGUUGAUGGCUGUGCAGAGAGAGACAAAGCGUUGCAAACUGAAGUGUAUGAAUCAGUUGGAUUGUCAUGUCUACCAGAGUAUUUCGUAUCGUGAUACUCCUUCCUUAAGAGUAUAUAUUAGUAGGUUUUGUUUUGCAUUGAGCUAAUUCAGGCAGCUUGUGUCCAGUAGUUGCAUGCUCAGCCCAUUUGUAAUUGUGUUCCGACUUCUUAAAGUAGCAUGUGCUGAGUGGAGUCAUAACCAAUUCGCCUACAUUCUAUAGAUCGGUUUAAUACCUUGUCAGAUGGCAUUGUUACAUCCAAGCUGUCAUUGGCCAAAUGGAAGCAUUUAUUUAGUAAGUUUGUUUAUUAUUGGAAA